AUGCCGCUCAUUAAACGAGCGGUCUCACCUGUGGAUGUUAGUCGAGUGAAGAUACCACCUGAAGUCACUAACGGUGAGCUCCAGUACGUGGCGAAUAGCACGUUGGCGAAUCUGAUUCGGCAGUUGAGUUCGAUCAGCAAACAUGCCGAGCAUAUCUUCGGCGAGAUUUACCUGGAAGCGAUGAAACUCGACCACAAGGCCAACACCCUUGAGAAGCGCAUAGUGAAUCUUACGGAGAAAGUAUCGAAAUUGGAUUCGACUAAUGAACAAGCUACCUUGGGUGAACUUCAAAUGAGGAAGGCCUUCAAAAGUUCGAUGCUGGUGGAUCAGCACUCGCUCGACAGGAGCACCUUGCCGAUCGCGCUAGCAGAAGUCUACUCGCAGUGCGAUCCUCCACCCAAUCUCGAUGCUCUCAAUCAGUUCAGGGAUCCUGGUGCACCUACUGCAUUAAGCCUGUACACCAAUCCGUCAUUCUUCUUCGAUCUUUGGAGGCAAGAAAUGCUCAAGUUUGUUGUCUAUUCGAAGUAUAUGCAGCAUUUCAGAACAUAUGUUUUCUUCUGUUCUGUUUUCAGAUACAUAUCUUCACUCCACAAUUCGCGCACCACUGCACUUUCAUUUCCGGAUGAGUACCAGGCACCGCAAGUACUUGGGUUGCAGCUUCACAAAACUAACCAAAUUCAACACUUUCAGGUGAAUGGGUUGUGUUGCAAUCGUAAUUUUAGACUGAAGAAUGUCUCCGUGUAUAGCUUUUACUAA